CUCUCAACUCCUCAUGUUUUGGGGUUAGAUUCUGAACUCUCUAAGACUGAAUUCGUCUCUAUAUUGAGAGAGAGAGAGAGAGAGAGUGUGUGUGGGUGUGGGAGGAGCUCUCUGGUAGGUGGCUAGUGAUGGGGUUGUGGGGACUGCUGGUUUUGGUGGGCAUCCUCCAUGUCCAUGGCUGCCUCGCUGCUCUCAAGGGAGGAGGAAAUCUCGACCUUGGCCCUAACUCCCAACGCAACCAGCGCACACUCUCCUCCACUACCACCCUCCUCUUCCCCCUCGUCGGCGAUGUUCAUCCUACUGGGGUCUAUUAUGUCUCUAUUGACAUUGGGAAUCCUCCAAAGCCAUAUUUCCUCCAUGUGGACACUGGAAGCGAUCUCACAUGGCUCCAAUGUGAUGCCCCCUGUCGCAGCUGCUCCAAGGGGCCACACCCAUUUUACAGGCCAACAAAGAACAAGUUGGUCUCCUGCAAGGACCCACUCUGCAUAUCUCUAAAGUCCCUACGCAGUUAUCCAUGCGAUGACCCUACCCAACAAUGUGAUUAUGAGAUCGAAUAUGCAGAUCAUGGCUCCUCUCUUGGUGUUCUUGUUCGUGAUUCUUUCCACAUACGCAUCACCAAUGGCUCCCUCAUCCAUCGCCAUCUUGCAUUUGGGUGUGGAUAUGAUCAGCAAGGUUCCCAGGCUACUUCCACCACUGAUGGAAUUCUCGGCCUUCGUAAUAGCGAUUCAGGCAUUGUUUCGCAGUUUUGGAAUCAGGGUGUAAUCAGAAAUGUCAUAGGCCAUUGCAUCGAUGGCCAACUUGGGAGGGGGUACCUCUUCUUAGGGGAUGAUCUGGUUCCUUCUUCGGGAAUGACAUGGGUCCCCAUGACUCAGAGUUAUCUAAGGAAAUACUACUCCCCGGGAUGUGCAAACAUUCUAUUUGGUAGGGAUGUCCUAAGUGACAGAUAUUUUGAUGUUAUUUUCGACAGUGGAACCUCCUUCACAUACUUCACUUCUCUGGCUUACCAAGCUCUCAUAUCAAGAUUGAGGAAGGAUCUUGCCAAAACAUCUUUGAAAGAACUCCCCAUCGGCCCACAUUCAACGCUUCCCCUAUGUUGGCGAGGAACCAAAGCUUUCAAGUCUCUUUCUGAGAUCAAGGGCUACUUCAAACCUCUUGUAAUGAACUUCAAAAAUGGCAAGAGAGCUCGAUUUGAAAUAUCCCCUGAAGGUUUCCUUAUCAUUACGUCACAAGGUAACGUAUGCUUGGGGAUAUUGAAUGGCAGUGAAGUUGGGUUGCUAGAUCAUAUUUUAAUUGGAGACAUAUCUCUGCAUGGAUACCUGGUAGUUUACGACAAUGAAAAUCAUCAGAUUGGCUGGGUUCCUCAAAACUGCAACAGGCUUCCGAAGUUGGAGGGAAAUGGCUUUGGGGAUCUAUUCUCUAGGCCUUAUGCCUCCGAUAUGGGGAUCUUCAGUGGAGACCAACUGCAAUGCCCUGCCACUCCUACUCGUGAAAGAUCAAAUACAAGUAGGAGGAAAUCAGAAGGAUAAUUGUAGGGAACUUGCAGAUUCAUGUUUUUUUUUUUGUCUUCUUAUGUACACAUGUCAACACCAAAAAUGAGGCAAAAGAAAGCUCUCAAUAUAUUGCAAAAUACGCAAUCCAUAGUGUAAAACAAUGUUGUAGGAAUAAAAGCUAUGUGAGUUCUACAGACUUGGAUUUAUUGAA